AUGCGAGGCUCAUCUGAGUCUUUGUUCACUAAGAACAGCUAUUCUCGCCACUUAGCUCAGUCUCAAAAUCCUGCAUGUGUCACCAUAUACAAGCAGAUGCAAAACUACGUACCUUUAGGACCAAACCAACAUUCACAAUCUCCAAGUCCAAGUGCGGCACCAACUGAAGUACAUCACCAACCUGAUGGUGUGGUCUAUGAGCAUGAUUUUGACAAUAUAAACUUCGAUUCGGAAAACCCACCAACUAAUAUUUUUGAGGGGGACUACUUUAACACUGAAGCAGAGGACCUGGAAUGGCCUGCUGAGGAGGCUGAUUGUGAUGGUGAUCUGGGUUUGGAAUUGGAGGAAGAGGAAGAGGAUGUCAAGGCUGAAGGAGCAGUAGCUGAGCAAGAAAGAGACUGGGAGGCUCCCAUCGAAUGUCAAGAUUUUCCUAUGGAAGAUAACACGGACCACACAGACACACCUUCUACUACUCACGAUCCUGUUCAAAAUAGUGUUUGCUGGCACAAAGCUGAAGCGCUGCUAUAUCAGCAACAACAUAUAGUUAAAUUCCCUCUUCAAAGUGCAGGAGCUACCUUAAACCCAGCCUCGGAUGAUGAACAUCAUCAGAAUGCCUACUAUCGCUAUCAUCAGCAGCUGUCAACCUCCUCUGAUGACUCAGAGGAUGGAAUUUGGGUGCCUUUCUCAUCUCAAAUUGACUAUGAGGUGGUGCACUGGGCGAAGACACAAGGACCUGGAUCGACAUUAUUCUCGGACCUUCUCAAAAUUGAAGGGCUAGGACUGUCAUACAAAAACUCAUGCAAACUAAAUAAAAUCAUUGAUACCAAGAUUCCUGCCCACCGGCCUCGCUUCCAGCGCAAGGAGAUUCUAGUGGCCGAUAUCAUUGAGUGUGUCAGAGCACUUUAUGGAGACCCAGAGUUUGCACCAUACCUCAUGUUUGUCCCAGAGCAGCAUUAUACAGAUCAAGAUGAGACAGAAAGGCUAUACCAUGAUCUACAUACUGGAAAAUGGUGGUGGAAUACACAGAAGCACCUUGAGAAAGAGAAGCCAGGCACUACAAUCAUACCGAUUUUGUUGUCAUCCGACAAAACUCAAGUAACGAUGUUUAGGAACAAAGCUGCCUACCCUGUAUACAUGAUGAUUGGAAACUUGCCCAAGGAAAUCUGUCAACAUCCUUCUCACAGUGCUCAGAUACUCCUGGCAUAUCUGCCCACCACCAAGCUAGAACAUAUCACCAACAAAUCGGUGAGACACCAAAGUCUCGUGAAUCUUUUUCAUGCUUGCAUGCGCUAUGUCGUUGAACCACUGGUAGAGCCAGGCAGAAAUGGGAUGGACAUUGCGAGUGGAGAUGGCGCUUUAUGCCAUGGGCAUCCUUUGGUUGCUUGUUACAUCAGGGACUACCCAGAACAGCUCCUCGUCACAGGCAUCAAGACUGGUGAAUGUCCAAAGUGUGAUAUACCAUCAGCCAAGCUUGGGAGUAAGGAUCUGCCUUGUCGCACACGAGAUCUUGGAGACAUUCUGGAUGCCCUCGCUCUGGUAGAUGAAGAUCCAUAUGAGUUUACAAAGGCCUGUCGCAGUGCAGGAAUCAAGCCACUCUUUCAUCCUUUCUGGGAAGACCUCUCUCAUUGUAAUAUCUUUCGCACGAUCACUCCUGACGUGUUGCAUCAAUUGUACCAGGGACUGGUCAAGCACCUGAUCUCAUGGAUCAAAUUGGCAUUCAGUGAGGCCGAAAUUGACGCGCAAUGCAAACACCUGCCCCCAAAUAACAAUGUGCAAGUCUUCAUGAAGGGCAUCUCCAUUCUCUCAUGA